CCUGCACCGGGCGGAGUGUGCGUUCAGCCUGCUCUCGGGCGGGGUAGACUUGAGCGUAACGGAGCUGUGAAGCCGGGAGCGGUUCCACGCCCCCCCGCCCGUCUCCCCGCCCUCCGGAUUUCGUUUAAGACCUCUCCCAGUCCUCCGGGACUAAGUCUGGUUUAGACCGGGUCGCUGGAAGGGCGGCGUGACGUUCCCGAGUGGGGAGAGAGGACGCUUAACUCCUUAGCCUCUAAUGCCUCCCGCGUGCGCGCCGUCCCCUUCCUCCGCCGAGCCGUCAGGACUCGCACAGCCCAGGCCCUGGCUCACUAGCCAGCUUUCUUUUCCUGUCUCUGAACCUCUGCGGGUCCCUGGCAGGACUUCGGGUCCCUCCUGCUGCGAGCAGCUGAGGGUUAAGGGGGCGGGGCCGCCGCAUUUUUGGGGAGUGAGCGCAUCCUAGCGGCUGCCAGGAGGGGCGCGGGGCCGGGACCCAGCCGAGCCCCUGAGCAGGGGCAACAGGUGUUCGGGAGAUUAAGGAUCCAAGUCUCGUUCCUUGGGCGCCUCUUACAGCUAGCUGAUCCCCGGUGAAAGGCGGCUGAGCGGGGUCCACGAGUGCUCGGAGACGAGUGAAGUGAAGAGAAGAAAGAAGUCAGCUUGGCUGGAAGAGGCAUCUGUGUGCAUGGGAUGGGGACGCCGGGGGAGGGGCUGGGUCGCUGUUCCCAUGCCCUGAUCCGGGGAGUCUCCGAGAGCUUGGCAUCCGGGGAAGGUGCGGGGGCUGGCCUUCCGGCUCUGGACCUGGCGAAAGCUCAAAGGGAGCAUGGAGUCCUAGGAGGGAAACUGAGGCAGCGGCUGGGGCUGCAGCUGCUGGAACUGCCUCCUGAGGAGUGCCUGCCGCUGGGACCGCUGCUCGGCGACACGGCGGUGAUCCAAGGAGACACAGCCCUCAUCACGCGGCCCUGGAGCCCGGCGCGCAGGCCCGAGAUUGAUGGAGUCCGCAAAGCCCUCCAGGACUUGGGGCUCCGAAUCGUGGAGGUGGCGGACGAGAACGCGACGCUGGACGGCACCGACGUGCUCUUCACGGGCCGGGAGUUUUUCGUAGGCCUCUCCAAGUGGACCAAUCACCGAGGAGCCGAGAUCGUGGCCGACACGUUCCGGGACUUCGCCGUGUCCACGGUGCCCGUCUCCGGCACCUCGCACCUGCGCGGCCUCUGCGGCAUGGGGGGGCCUCGCACGGUGGUGGCUGGAAGCAGCGACGCGGCCCAAAAGGCGGUCCGGGCAAUGGCGGUGCUGACGGAUCACCCCUACGCCUCCCUGACCCUCCCAGACGACGCGGCUGCCGACUGUCUCUUUCUGCGACCCGGGUCGCCGGGCUGCACUCCUUUCCUCCUGCACCGCGGAGGUGGAGACCUGCCCGACAGCCAGGAGGCUCUGCAGAAGCUGUCUGACGUCACCCUGGUACCCGUGUCCUGCUCAGAACUGGAGAAGGCUGGCGCUGGCCUCAGCUCCCUCUGCCUGGUGCUCAGCACACGCCCUCACAGCUGAGGGCCUGGGCUUGGGGCUCCCACUGGCUGGGAAGGGGGUAGAGUUAGGUAACAGAGGAUGAGAAGUAGGUCGUAGUUUGGAGAUGCCCCAGGAUAGGGAAGGACUCAGAAUGGGACAGGGGUAGGAGCCACUGGGUGAGUCCUGUCAAACCAAUAAAAUAAACUUGGGCUUUCAGAUA